AGUCAAACUGGCAAUAAUGACGCUUGAGCCAACGUCAUGGACGAGUUGAGUGUGCCUCGAUUCCUUAUAUAGGCUGCCUCAGCCACUAACCGAGACAUCACAGAAAUCAUAAGACAGCUUUCAUCAGGCAGAAAGAAGCCCACACAGGUUGUUGGAACACGAUCUCUGUUAGGAUGCUCAGAGCAGCGCAGCUCAUUUUCAGGAGGGAGACGGGAAGAGCUCCGGGAGCCUUGCAUGGCCUCAUCGGUAGCUUCUCAACGGAGUCCAACAGCCAGAGGUUAGCUGGUAAGGUCGCCGUCAUCACCGGCGCGGCCAGCGGCAUCGGCAAGGCGACCGCCACCGAGUUCAUCCGGAACGGCGCCAAGGUGAUACUCACCGACGUGCAGGAUGACGUCGGCCGCGCCGUGGCCGCGGGCCUCGGCCCCGACGCGUCCUACGCCCGCUGCGACGUCACGGACGAGGCCCAGAUCGCGGCCGCGGUGGACCUCGCCGUGGCGCGCCACGGCCACCUGGACGUGCUCUACAGCAACGCGGGCGUGGGGGGCGCCGCGGCCCCCGCGCCGCUGGCGUCGCUGGACCUGGCGGACUUCGACCGCGUCAUGUCCGCCAACGCGCGGUCGGCGGUGGCCUGCCUUAAGCACGCCGCGCGCGUCAUGGUGCCCCGGGGCAGCGGCUGCGUCCUCUGCACGGGGAGCACCACAGGCAUGCUCGGCGGCGUCGCGGCGCUGCCCUACAGCCUGUCCAAGGCCACGGUCAUGAGCGUGGUGCGCAUGGCGGCGGACGAGCUGGCGCGCUCGGGCGUGCGCGUGAACGCCAUCUCCCCGCACGCCAUCGCGACGCCGCUGCUGAUCCGCUCGCUCGCCAGGCUGCACCCGGGCGUCCCCGACGAGCAGCUGAAGCGGCUGGUGGAGACGGGCAUGAGCGAGCUCCGCGGCGCGGUGCUGGAGCUAGAGGACGUGGCGAGGGCGGCCGUGUACCUGGCGUCCGACGAGGCCAAGUUCGUGACCGGGCACAACCUCGUCAUCGACGGCGGGUUCACGGUCGGGAAGCGGAUCGGCGUGCCGGCGGCGAGAUGAGAUGCCGGCUGACCCUUCUCAUGCGACAAGUCAACAUGAUCCGUCUAUCGGUGAAUGGACAAGCUGGUUGGUUCUAUUCUAUGCGAACGGAUGUAUUGCUGUCGCUAUUAUUAGCCUGGGAGUUUAAAAGAGAAACUGACUACAUGCCAUCAAAUAAGUCAACAAUUUCACUUGACACAGUCAAGACUUGGAGACGAACAAUGGGUAAAAUUGACUUGUUCCUCGUUGACUAGCA